AUGCGCCGUGGAUCGCGCUUUCCAUGUGCACGAUCACACCAGCGGGUUGUUCAUCUCGCUCACAAGAGCUCCGUGGGAAUCUCGUGGAAAUCUGUUCACUGUCAAGCCGAUGAUUCUCUAGCCUCCCGCAGUUGUGCCUCACAAUCCUCGAUGAUGAACAGAUUCGACUGUGUUUCUGCUCUGCUGAAAGUCCUCCUGGCAGUCCAGACCGGGCGCAUUUGCUUUCUGAGCGGAUCUGAUGGCGCCGUGCGCAGCACAACACAGAUCUCACAUGAAGGGUUGGUGUCAUGUGUGGAGGGAUUCCCUCACGAUCUUACCUGUCCAACAUGGCCGCGUGGCACCCCUCGCUCAGCCUCCCUGUGGGCGAGCCAGCGCUGUCCAUACCGCAGCUACUCCCAGGCUCUUAAAUCUUCCUCUGCUGUCUUGUGUGCGCUGCUGACAGCCACAGCCUGGAACUGUGCUAUAAUGGCCUCUCUCUACCUUUCAGGAUGGCUUCCUUUCGGAUAUGCAGCGGACAUUAUCUCAACUGUUGAAUUUAACUGUUCGGGGGAGUUAUUAGCCACAGGAGACAAAGGGGGGAGAGUCGUCAUAUUUCAGCGAGAACAGGAGAGUAAAAACCGCCUACUCUCAAGAGGGGAAUACAACGUGUACAGCACCUUUCAGAGUCACGAGCCUGAGUUUGAUUACUUGAAAAGUUUAGAAAUCGAGGAGAAGAUCAAUAAAAUCAGAUGGCUCCCGCAACAGAAUGCUGCACACUUUCUCCUUUCUGCAAACGAUAAAACCAUCAAACUAUGGAAGAUCAGCGAAAGGGACAAACGAGCAGAAGGAUACAACCUUAAAGAUGAAGACGGAAGACUGCGAGAUCAGUUUCGAAUCACAACACUACGGGUUCCUGUGCUGAUGCCGAUGGACUUGAUGGUGGAAGCAAGCCCACGCAGAAUAUUUGCUAACGCACAUACAUAUCACAUCAAUUCCAUUUCAGUAAAUAGUGAUUAUGAAACAUACCUUUCUGCAGACGACCUCAGAAUAAACCUCUGGCAUUUAGAAAUCACAGAUAGAAGUUUUAACAUUGUAGAUAUAAAACCAGCCAAUAUGGAGGAGCUGACGGAGGUGAUAACAGCGGCCGAGUGUCACCCACACCAGUGUAACGCCUUUGUAUACAGCAGUAGUAAAGGAACCAUCCGCCUGUGUGACAUGAGGGCCGCCGCACUCUGCGAUAGACAUAGCAAAUUUUUUGAGGAGCCAGAAGAUCCCAGCAGCCGGUCGUUCUUCUCAGAAAUCAUCUCCUCCAUAUCUGACGUCAAGUUCAGCCACAGCGGUCGAUACAUGAUGACCCGCGAUUACCUCUCCGUUAAGGUUUGGGACCUGAAUAUGGAGAACCGGCCCGUAGAGACCUACCAGGUACACGAGUACCUACGUAGCAAGUUGUGCUCGCUCUACGAGAACGACUGCAUUUUCGACAAGUUUGAGUGCUGUUGGAACGGUUCAGACAGUGCCAUUAUGACGGGUUCCUACAACAAUUUCUUUAGGAUGUUUGACAGGAACACGCGCAGGGACAUCACACUGGAGGCAUCGAGGGAGAACAGUAAACCCCGUGCCAUGCUCAAACCCCGCAAGGUCUGCACCGGCGGCAAACGGAAGAAAGACGAAAUCAGCGUGGACAGCCUGGACUUCAACAAGAAGAUCCUACACACCGCCUGGCACCCGAAAGAGAACGUCAUAGCUGUGGCCGCCACCAACAACCUGUAUAUAUUCCAGGACAAAAUUAAUUAAAAAA